AUGGCCACCGAUAUCGAUAUCCUCAACAACGAUGUGGCAAGCAUCCAGGCCAUGCUCGCGGCUGGGGAGAUACCCCAGGCUCGACGGCUAGAUGAAGAGCGCGAGAAGACAGGCGCAAGAGGGCCUUUCCAUGGCAUCCCUAUCGUGGUGAAAGACACCUUCUUGACCGAUGCAUCCCUAGGGAUGGACACAACCUGCGGUACCGCUGCACUGGUUGGGGCUCGCCGCAGUCAAAACGCAGAUGUUGUAGACUUGGUUCUGAAGGCGGGCAUGAUUAUCCUUGGGAAGGCCAACCUCUCGGAACUUGGCCUCUUCAAAGGGGACCCGCCAAACACUGGGGGUUGGUCAUCCGCUGGAGGGCAGAGCGUUUCCCCUUAUGUGGUUGGCGGGGUGCUACCGAAUGCCACCUUCCUCGGCCACAGUACUCCAGCAGGGUCAUCCUCGGGGAGCGCCAUCUCCGUGGCUGCCGGCUUCGCCCCAAUUGCUCUAGGCGCAGAAACAGAGGGCUCCCUGGUGCAGCCAGCUUCACGCGCGGGGCUCUACGCCCUCAAGCCAGCACCGGGCAAGGUCGCUACAAAGGGCGUCCUCGGGGGCUGGACCUAUUCCUCCAUCGGACCGGUUGCGAAAUCAAGCCGAGAUGUCGCCAACAUGGUGUCGCUUUUGACAGGAACGGACUUGUCCCACGCACUAAAAGGGUCUUGGGAAAACCUGAGAGUUGGUGUUGUGAAGUACGACCCGUGGGCACCUCCGGCCUUCGUUGUUGAGCAGGUGGACUCGUACACAGAACAAGUGCAAACGGAAAUGGACAAAGCUGCCGAGGCGAUCUCUGCUGCGGGUGCUAAGGUUGUUAGGGACGUACCCCUUCAACCAUUUUGGCAGCUGUAUGACGAUAUCGAGGCAGAGCACGGGAUCGACAUUGAGAUGCUAUGGGAGCCCAACUUUAAGAACGACUUUGACAAUUUCAUAUCUCUCUACGAGACGACCCCGGUUCGGUCACUGGCAGAGCUCGUCCAGUACCACAAGGACCAUGCCGAUGUUUGCCUCCCUCCAGAGCACCCUUCACAGAAGCUCCUUGAGGAGGCGCUCGAUGAAACGCCAGACCCGGACGCGGCUUCCAAGGCACAGCUGGUGCAACGGAAGGCACAGAAAAAUAUAACCGAUGUGCUCUCGGAAUUUGACCUCGACGUCAUUAUCUCUCAUUGCGACGGGCGCAUGGCCAGCCUUGCCGCCGCCGCCGGGUACGCGAUUGCUUCGUUGCCACUCGGGUUUGCGGACUUCAACGGGCGCGCCUGGGGCGUAAACGCCAUUGCCGGCCCCGGUGGUGAGGCGAAGCUAGUUGAGCUGAUGAGCACUUGGGAGAAAACGUUCCCAGAAGCAAGAAAAGCACCACCGCAGCUUGUAGGCACUACCACCGCCUGAACAGGGCCGAUAAUAGAGAUGUGCUGCCGAGGUAUUUACAUCGCAAGGGACUGUCGUUCAAGUGCCCAGGAGCAUAUUGAUAAAGGUCAAGUCAGACCGCAUCAUCUUAAGUCCUAGAUAGAAUUCAAGGAUGCCC